AGUGGGGCCAUGCAGCCAGACUGGGGUAAGUGCCAGUUCUGUGGUAAUUAGAAGGUACAUAAUUAGAAGGCAAGGGAUGCUGGGCGGCGGCUGUAGUGGGUAUGCCUGAGUAGGCCCACUCCGGCUCUGAGGACAGGAAAGUCUCAGAUCACUCGAUUUCUGGUCUGUCUGCAGAUGAGCAGCUGCAGAGCUUCUUUGUGGCUCAGCUCACCCAGAAGGUGCUGCUAGGGUCCGGGUGGUCCUGGGCCUCAUCUUGCUUUUCUCCCCUUGUCCUAGUUCUGUGGGCUGCCUGGGGACACAAAGGGCUGUUGGGGCUGGGAGCAUGCUUUGGUGACAACCUGGAGACUUGGGGUUUGUAGUCAAGUCUGUGAUGAUGAGAUCUUCUGAAGGACUGCAGAGAGGCCAUGGAAUAUGGUCUGGAGGGGGCACUGUGGUGCAGAACCUGGUAGGCAGUUUUGUGACUGAAUUUGAGGAGGGACACGUCAAGGAAUGAGUCAGGAAUGCCAUCUGUUGAGUGUUGACUGCCACAUGUGGCCUUUACCUACUCUGGAGCUGUCCUUUCCUGUCCCUGAUCUUAAUUGGCCUGGAGCCCAAGAGGGGCCUGCUGCCAGUGACCUGGAGAGUCCCUGGGUGAUGUGACGCCAGCUCCUCCCCCUCUCCUGGGUGUAACUUUAAUCCCUGAUCCUACUGUGGUAUUCAUGGGGCCAGGCCCAGGUCAGGUGGUGGAUAGGUUUCCUCUGCUCCACUCUUGUUUCCAGCCAGGAAGCCUGGCUACCAACAGAGAGGGGGCUCUGUGAUUGGAACCUCCUGCAAGCAACAAGUACUCUGCCAGGUUUGGCAUUAAAACAGCCUGUGGCCCCUUGUCCAAUGGUGUGGGGGAGGGCUAGGUCUGUGAGCACCCUUUGGUUUCAGAGGUUGCUCAUAGCUUGUAUUGAGGCCUGAUGAGCAUCCCACCCCACCUGUGGGAAAUACACAUGAACUGUUGUCUGUUCUGAAUCCAAUCUGUUUGCCAUAGUGUCUUCUGAGAUGGAGCUCCCUGUGCACACUGGUGAUCCUAAUUCCCUAGUACAGAAGUAUGUCUGGUCUCCAGCAGGCUGAGUGCCAGAUGGUAACCCUCCCUCCCAGGUCUGCCAUGACACAUGGGCAGGCCUCCCUGGGAGAGAUGCAGAGGAGGAACAGGCCUGUGACAGAGUUGGCUUUGAAGGAUUAGGGCCUUCAAGGCAGAGCGUGAGAGUGGCCUGGGAGCUGUAAGAGGCUGGAGAUAAGAGCAGGGCUAGAAGUGGUGCAGCCAUCUUAAACACCCAGCCCAGGCCUUCCUCAGCUUCCUUCCUCUUGCCCCCCUCUGAUGCCUCAGGGCACCUGGCUGUUUAUGGAAGGGGAAGGAAGCAUUUCCUGCUUUGAGAAACCUCCUGAGCUAUAGAACCCUCAGCUUCCCUCCCGCCUCAGCCAGGCCUAGAAGGCUGGCCCUAGACAGGUCAAUGUCACUCCAGGGCCUGCCGAUGAAGUGGACCUUGCUGUGCUGGCCCCUGUCUUGCCUCUUUGUGCUGCUGCCCUGGCCUCUGGCCACUUUAACAUCAAUAACUCCUUGGCUGUGUCCACCUGGCAAGGAACCUGACCUGGACCCAGGGCAGGGCACAUUAUGCCGAACCUGCCCCCCAGGCACCUUCUCAGUCUUAUGGGACUCCCAUCCAUGCCAGCCUCAUUAUCGCUGCAGCCUUCGAAGGAGGUUGGAGGCCCAGGCUGGCACAUCAACUCAUGAUACAGUGUGUGGAGACUGCCAGCCUGGAUGGUUUGGAUCUCGGGGAGUUCCUCAUGUUCCAUGUCAGCCAUGCUCCAAGGCACCUCCAAAUACUGGUGGCUGUGACGAAUCAGGGCGACGAACCCGGCGUGGUGUAGAAGUGGCAGCAGGUACCAGUAGCAACAGUGAGCCUCGGCAGUCUGGGAAUGGCACUCGGGCAGGCGGCCCUGAGGAGACAGCUGCCCAGUAUGCCGUGAUUGCCAUCGUACCUGUCUUUUGCCUCAUGGGGCUUCUGGGGAUUCUGGUGUGCAACCUGCUCAAGCGAAAGGGCUACCACUGCACGGCCCAUAAGGAAGUUGGGCCCAGCCCUGGAGGAGGAGGCAGUGGGAUCAAUCCCGCCUAUAGGACAGAGGAUGCCAAUGAGGACACCAUUGGAGUCCUGGUGCGCCUGAUCACAGAGAAGAAAGAGAAUGCAGCAGCCCUGGAGGAGCUGUUGAAAGACUAUCACAGCAAACAGCUGGUCCAGACAAGCCACAGGCCUGUACCUAGGCUCCUGCCAGCCUCCCCCAGCAUGCCACACAUCUGUCCACAUCGCCACCACCUCCACACUGUGCAGGGCCUGGCCUCACUCUCUGGCUCCUGCUGCUCCCGUUGUAGCCAGAAGAAGUGGCCAGAAGUACUGCUGUCUCCUGAGGCAGCAGCUACCAUCACUCCUGCUCCCACCCUCGUGUCCAAUCCACCCAGGGCUCCCAAAGCUAGUGCCAAGACAGGACGUCAGGGUGAGAUCACCAUCUUGUCUGUGGGAAGGUUCCGUGUGGCUCGCAUUCCUGAGCAGCGAACCAGUUUGUUGUCAUCUGAAGUGAAGACUGUCAUGGAGGCUGAGCCUUCAGGGGGUGGUCUUCCUGCCUCCCCACAGCCCAGUCUUCCCCCUGAUCAGCGGGCACUGCUGGGAAGUGGUGGGAGCCAUACUAAAUGGUUGAAGCCUCCAGUAGAAAACAAGGUAGAGGUAAGAGCUGGGGGGAUAUUUUCUGUUAGCACCUGGGUCAACCCUGACAGAACAAAGACCCAAGGAGGCAGUAUGGGGAGUUCUGGGUAGAUACCACUUUUCUGAAGCCCAAAUGACUGUCUGACUUAGCUCUGACCCCUCAAUCCUGAUCCCCAGGAGAACCGCUAUGUGGUUCGGCUAAGUGAAAGCAAUUUGGUCAUCUGAUGGGCUGUCUAGAGUUAGACAUUCUGCCCUGCUCUGGGAGGUUCUGAAGGCUUUCUGCAGGAGAGAGAGAGCUGCAGCUGGGACCGAGGACCAAGAUGCAAAGGCCUAGCAGACAAAACAGCAAAGACCAAGGCCUGGAGGUGGGACCGUCUGCCCCACUGAGGAAGCAGCUCACCGCACAGCAAGUGAGCAGGAGAUCAAGAGCCCAACCCAUUCCUGCAGCCCUAGUCAAUUCCCUGCAGGGUGCCCUAACCUGUGCCUGUCCUGAACACAUAGGAGCCCUCUGUCUUCUAGGAGUCUGGUUUGGCGGAGUGGUGUCUGUACCUGGUCCCCAGCUUGUGCCUUGGGAACUAGUCACUCUUGCCAUGUCCUGGAUAGCAAAGAGCCCUGUACUGGUGGCAGAGUACCUAGGUUCCAGCUUUUCUGACUGUGAAGUGAAGGAAGGAGAGCUCAGUUCCCAGGACCUUUCCAGUUCUUUACAGAAAAGUCCAGUUCUGUUGGGGGGAGCUUGACUUUGCUACCCUCCUAUUAGUAGCUUUAUCUGGCCUGUUUUUGCUGCUUCCUGGGCCUUGCCUUUCAAGGCUCCCAUUGGACUAUUAUGGCAAUGCCUACAGAAGGGGCUUAAUGCAUGUGCCUGCCCUACCCUGCUAUUUUUAAAGAAACUGAAAAAUGACCUGACUUGCACAAGGCUCUGGUGCAGAGCCCCAGGCCACCCUGCUGCCUUCAAACUCUGGAGCUGCCAGGAGAGGAAGAUGGCCGCCUAGAAAGUGCCUCUGGUCUGUGGUUUCCAUGCUCCUGUGGUAGUAUCUGCCUGAGUUUUUGGUAGCAGGGCUAACUGCCAAUCCAGCCUUAGUCUCUGCUCUGACUCAGGGCCUGGUUAUUUAUGUGGGGCCGCGCAGGCGCGGGGCCCACUGUCCAUCCCAUCCCAUUUCUUAUUUAUUGAAACCUGCUGCUGCUCUGUCCCUACAUCUCCAGCCCCACACACUUGAGUAAUAAAAGGUGGAAAGUGGUAUCAUGAGGCGCUUCCUUUCCCUGUUCCCACCUUGGAAACCUGUUUGCUUACCUCAUGCUUCCAGGGGCCUGAAAUAGUGUCCUUCCCUUCCUCAGUACUUUCCUCUGAAGCCAGGGCAACAGGCAGAGGUGGCUUGUUUCAUUCUCACCAAGGUCCCCAAAGGCCAGGCUUCCCAAUAGAAAUACAGACUGAGCCAUGUGUGUGAUUGAAAGUGUUCUAAUAAUCAUUCCAAAAAGGUUUUUAAAAAGGUAAACUUAAUUUUAAUAUUUUUAACCCAGUAUAUUCAGAAUGUUUUCAUUGCAAUAUAAAAUAACUAUGAAAAUUA